AUGCAAAAACAUUUUGUGAUAUUAAAAUGUAACGAAAUUGCAAUAAAAAAUAAAAGAACAAGUAUACAUUUCAAGAUACACGUGCCAGAGAUCAUCAACCAUCGCAUUCAUACGAAAACGAUAUUCAUACAUAAAUUGGUGCCUCGUAAAAAGUACGUGCCACGCAAAAAGGAAAUACCAAAAAAGAAAAAGCCAUCGUUUCACGAGGAAGAAGAUCAUAAGGAUGUUCACCACGAAUGGAAAUAUUGGACUAGUCACUUUCACCAUGACGAUCAUGGUCAUGAUCAUCAUGAUGACAUUAGUCAUGAAGUUAAACAAGAAGAAAUAUUUAACGAAGGUUAUCAGGAUCAAAAGGAUUUUCAACAAAAUCCAGUUAAAACGGACUCUUACUUUCCUAAACGAGAAUCUCACGAUGAAAAUAUUUCUUCGAGAGAUUACACGAACGGUUUGGUCGGUUACUCCUAUCCACCGCAAUAUUCACGGUAUUUGGAAGAUCGCGAGAUCUCUGAUAAUAAACAAGAAAAACCAACGCACAGCUAUGAGGAAGGAUAUCGAAAAGGUUUACAAACGAAAAGUGGAGCUAUUUAUACUAACGAAUUAAAUAAAUUUCAUUUUGGUACUAAAGUGGAAGAGGAAGAUGAACGGAGGGAAUCUAAGGAUGAAAAAGAGGAGGAGGAGGAGGAGGACGAAGAAGUCGUCAAAACUAAUGCAGGACGUUACUUCGUCACCGAGGAAAACGUGGAACUCGAUCAUUCUAACGAAGGAAGCGAGAUAAAAUAA